UUUUGAAAAAGCGUUCUACGGGAAGUGAGAAGGAACAUCCAGUAGGAUUCACGGCUAUUAGGGAUUUUUCUUCAAUUAAUUUCGAAGCUGCAGUGCCUCAAGAAAAAUAAUAGGAUAUUGCUAGCAAAUAAAACCAGACCAUUGCCAUGUCUGAGACAUACGAUUUUCUGUUCAAAUUCCUAGUGAUUGGAAAUGCAGGAACUGGAAAAUCAUGUCUUCUUCACCAGUUUAUUGAGAAGAGAUUCAAAGACGAUUCGAAUCACACCAUUGGAGUGGAGUUUGGCUCAAAGAUAAUCAACGUGGUAAACAAAUAUGUUAAACUCCAAAUCUGGGACACUGCGGGACAAGAGAGAUUCAGGUCUGUUACACGGAGUUACUACAGAGGCGCUGCUGGAGCCCUGCUUGUAUAUGACAUCACCAGCCGGGAAACCUACAAUGCCCUGACCAACUGGCUGACAGACGCCAGGAUGCUGGCCAGCCAAAAUAUUGUCAUAAUCCUGUGUGGUAACAAGAAGGACUUGGACGCAGACCGGGAAGUCACCUUCCUGGAGGCGUCUCGCUUUGCUCAGGAAAAUGAGCUUAUGUUUCUGGAGACAAGUGCUCUGACAGGGGAGAAUGUAGAGGAGGCCUUUGUGCAGUGUGCCAGGAAAAUCCUCAACAAGAUAGAGUCGGGAGAGUUGGACCCGGAGAGGAUGGGAUCAGGGAUCCAGUACGGAGACGCCGCGCUGCGCCAGCUGCGCUCCCCUCGCAGGGGACAGGCCGAGAGCGCUCAGGAAUGUGGCUGUUAGUGAACACGCUCAGUAUGCCCAGGACCAAGGCAGGUUGGUGAAGACUUCGAGGAAAUAUGAGAUGUAGGGAACAUGAUACAGGGCUCAUAAUGGUGGAGCGACUCUUCUCUGACCUUUUAUCUUCCCAACUUCUGGAUGUUCCGUCAGAGACCCACAGAGAGUCCUGGAUUCCUGGCCCUACUCUGGACUGCUGAGCUUGUUCCUAGGCCCCUCAGACACAGGCAGAGAGUCCCGUUUCAUCUUACUCAAGCCCUUUAAUCAUCUGGGCUGUAUUCAUAAAGCGUCUCAGAGUAUGAUUGCUGAUGUGAUUUGUUUUUCCUUUUAUAUAAUAAUGAACAAGAUAACAGGGAACCCAAAUCCUAGAUCAGCACACUAAUCACAUCUCAGCACACUGAGAUGCUAUAUGAUAAUGGGACCUGACAUCUUACUUUCACCCCUGUACUUCUGCCCUAUGCUACCCAUAGCAUAUUGCAUUGUGUACAGUGUUAUCUGUAUAAAGAACACAUAAUAUAGUCCCUCAAAGCAGUGGUUCCAAAACUGUGGGGCUCAUCCCUGUCGGAAGGGGAGUUGCAGCGAUGGGACAAGACUGUGACGACCAAUUGGAUAUCACGGAAAUUGGGGUGAAAAAAUGUCCAGAUCAACUAGCCCAAGUUUUUUUUAGCUAGGUUUUUUAGCCCACUGAUAUUGUUGUAAUGUUUGAGUCACUCAGAUAUCACAUGAACACAUAAGACAUGGCGGAAUGUGUAGAAUUGCAGGAAAUUAGCUUUAAAACUGCCAACAAGGGAUGUGAACAGUUCCUGUCAUGGACAGUGCUUGUGCCCAUAGAAAUAGACAGAUGUUCCCCAGUGAUGGAAGGGGGGCGGGGCUGAGUGAGUUUGGGAACCACUGCCUCAAAGCAUAUUUUAUGGACUGAAUAUCAGAAUUUAAUUAUUAGCUGAAGAAUAAUCUAUCAAUUAUGUCAUGUUAUAGUGAGAAUUAUCAAUCGGCACUGUCUCACGCCUGCUGGUUUCAUUGACCCGUUGUUUGGGUUGUUCUUUGGGUUGAUAUUAUUAGUUGUUUUUCCCUCCCUAAUUGUUAUGAGUCAUGUCAUGCUUUUUAAAUUUAUUCUCAAUGAUAUAGAAGCUCUUUUUAAAAUAAAGUAUUCAAAAUGUA